UGCAAAAUAUUAUUUUGCCCGAACCACUUAUUAUAUAACGGAAGUAGCGUGUUACAAAAGUAAUUUUGUAUUUAUUUGCUAUUUAUUUUAAAGAAAUUCGCCAGUUAAAUUAGAACUAACCAUGCCACGAAGAGGAAGAGCCAGUUCCCCUAUGUCUAGGCCAUCUCCUAGUCGAAAUCUACCAGCUCGACCACCACCAUCUGCUCCUGCCCCAAUACAAACACAGCCAAGACAGCCUGGUUUAAUGGCACAGAUGGCUACAACUGCUGCUGGUGUUGCUGUAGGAUCAGCUGUGGGUCACACUAUUGGACAUGCUAUGACAGGUGGUAUGGGCGGUGGAGGAGGAAACCAGGAAGCCCAACAAGCACCUGCCCAGCAACAACAACAACAACAAAAUGAACAGCGCAAUCCCUGUCAGAUGGAAUUUCAAAGCUUUGUGGAUUGUGCCCAAAAUAAUCAUGAUAUAACAUUAUGCCAGGGAUUUAGCCAUGCUCUUAAAGAUUGCAAACUACAAUAUGGACUAUGAGAGGGUAAUGGUAAAUGAAAUGACCGUAAAAAUGGAACAGAAUUAUACAAGGAUAUACUGAAUGAAUGUUGAAAUGUUAUUUAUUAAUUAUAUCUAGAAGUUAUAUACAAUUUUAACUAGAUGUUUGAGAUUUCAAUAUUUUAUAAAGUGAUGUUUUGCUUUGUACAAAUUAGUCUUGAUUAAUAUACAAUAAAAUUGUUGUUUGUUAUAGAACUCGUACAUAUAUUAGGGUUUUUCUAAAACAAUAACUUUUUUGAUUGUCUAAUUUCUGGUAAUACUUGUAUGUCGUGUACCUGUUCAUAGUAAUAUUUUGUAAAUAAAACAAUCAGCUACCACCUUAUCAGUAGAUAUUAUCUCCGGUAAAAAAAAAUAUGGUUGUGUCUUAAAUUUCAGGCCGUUAACAAUUUUCAAAACUUUAUAUUAUAACUAGAAAGAGAAAAAAAAAGGUACCAGUGUUCCAUCCACAAUUUAGUAAUAAGUUUUUGAAUUCUUGUUUCUCCACAAUAUGUAGCUCAAUCAAACAUGAAUAAAUUAUGUUCUUUUAAUAGAUUGGA